AUGUUGGCAGAGCAGAUUAACAACAACCGUCGCAUUUCACAAUGACCGCAUGGUAACACGCUACACUUCAUUCAUCAGUUGGUUACUUUACCAUGCGAGAAGACCUUAACAGUGAAAUUGUAUACUACAUGGAAAGUGAACACCUAAUAGAUACAGAAUGUGUGGGUGUUUGGGGUAAUAAACAGCAGCCCUACAACUGCACAAUGAGGUCUUGUCUACCAGUACAAUGAGAAAAUACCCGUCCCUCCUCUCCCUGGCUCUGGUCUGCUGCUGCUGUAGCAUACAGGCUGAAGUCUUCACCUCUAUAGGUCAAAUGACAGACCUGAUAUACACAGAGAAGGAGUUGGUUCAGUCCUUGAAAGAAUACAUCAAAGCAGAGGAAUCCAAACUAGAUGCUGUGAAAAGCUGGGCCAACAAGCUGGACGUGCUGACGCGUGCCUCCACCUUAGACCCGGAGGGCUACCUGGCCCACCCCGUCAACGCCUACAAGCUGAUGAAGAGGCUCAACACGGAGUGGUCCGAGCUGGAGAGCCUGGUGCUGCAGGACCCUUCAGACGGGUUUAUCUCCAACAUGACAGUACACAGGCAGUACUUCCCUGACCAGGAGGAUGAGAAAGGUGCUGCCAAGGCACUGAUGCGUCUCCAGGACACGUACAAACUGGACUCUGAGAGUUUCGCCAGGGGCAAACUGCCAGGGAUGCACCACAACGCCAUCCUAACAGUGGAUGACUGUUACGAUAUGGGGAAGACGGCGUACAACGAGGCAGACUACUACCACGCGGUGCUGUGGAUGCAGCAGGCCCUCAGGCAGAUGGAUGCAGAGGAGGAGCACGUGGUGUCCAAGGCCGAUGUCCUGGACUAUCUCAGCUACUCCGUCUACCAGAUGGGAGACCUGCCCCGCGCCAUCGAGUUGACACGCCGCCUAGUGGCCAUCGACUCUAGCCACCAGAGGGCAGGAGGAAACCUGCGUUACUUUGAGAAGCUGCUGUCCAAGCAGCUGAACGAGCUGAACCAGGAGGGCCAGGAGCCAGCCACAGAGGAGCCCAUCCAGCUGGGGACCUACAAGAGGCCCAAAGACUACCUGCCUGAAAGGGAGAUCUACGAGGCCCUGUGCAGGGGAGAGGGAGUCAAAAUGACCACUGAGAGGCGCAGCCGGCUGUACUGCCGCUACCAUGACGGGAACAGGAACCCUCGUCUGCUGCUCCAGCCCAUGAAGGAGGAGGAUGAGUGGGACAGCCCACACAUCGUCCGCUACCUCAACGCUCUGUCAGACCAGGAGAUAGAGAAGAUCAAGGAGCUGGCCAAGCCCAGGCUUGCAAGAGCUACUGUUAGAGACCCCAUAACAGGCAUUCUGACCACAGCAAACUACAGGGUAUCCAAAAGUGCGUGGCUGGAGGGGGAAGACGACCCUGUUAUUGAACGCGUCAACCAAAGGAUAGAGGACAUCACAGGCCUGACAACGCAGACUGCCGAACUACUCCAGAUUGCUAACUAUGGGGUCGGAGGACAAUACGAGCCACAUUUUGAUUUCUCCAGGAAAGAGGAACCUGAUGCUUUCAAAACAUUAGGCACUGGAAAUCGUGUGGCUACUUUUUUAAAUUACAUGAGUGAUGUUGAAGCUGGAGGAGCCACUGUGUUCCCAGACUUUGGAGCAGCUAUCUAUCCCAAAAAGGGAACUGCAGUCUUCUGGUACAACCUCUUUAGGAGUGGAGAGGGAGACUACAGGACCAGACACGCUGCCUGUCCUGUGUUAGUAGGAAGUAAAUGGGUGUCCAACAAAUGGAUCCAUGAGCGAGGUCAAGAGUUUAGGAGGCAAUGUGGCCUGACAGAAGUGGACUGAACCGAACCUCUCACCACUGACCUCAGACUGGAGGUGUACACUCUACCUACAGUGCCUGAACAUUUUAUUGAUCUCUCUCUCUCUCUCUCUCACUCACUCACUCACUCACUCACUCACUCACUCACUCACUCACUCACUCACUCACACACACACACACACACACACACACACACACACACACACACACACACACACACACACACACACACACACACACACACACACACACACACACACACACACACACACACACACACACACACACACACACACACCCUACUGUGGUAUCCAUUCUGGCUUUUAACAUGGAGUUGAGUCUUGACUCUUCAGUACCUAUGCAGAUAAAAGGAGGUGGAUAUGUGCAUAUACUGUGGGUAUGUAGCGUUAAAGGCUCUAAUUUCUUGUUUUGUUUAGCAUUAUGAUUUUUUGUUUCAAAAAAAUGACAUGCAUAAUCACAUACUGACAGCACAACCCAAUGAGAACUUACUGUUUUCUGUCCACUACAUUUGCAUUUACAGACUGAUUAAAUUAUUACACCGUAUCAUUGUGACAUUUUUAAAAAUGGAAAAUGUGAACCACAAUAAACAGUGUCUUUUAUGAAUGCC